CCUCGCCAACCCUUCACGAGACUAACGUGCACACUACUCUUCAUAACACCCCUUUCCCGCCACCACCCUCCCCAUUUGCUGAUCCCCACACGCUCAACACCUAUCUGCCCGUCGAUAUGGACUCGCAUGGCGAUGAAACGUCCGAGAAGACGUGGGACCCACGUCAAGGGCCCACUAAGAAUGGGCUCCAUGUGGACACCAGUGGUAAGCGUGCGGCACGGCCCAGAGACGAGCCAGGCGGUGCGGGCCCACCACCAACGGUGGGGAGUGUGCCAUGUGGUGCGUGUAAGUUCUUACGACGUAAGUGCAUUAGUGGGUGCAUCUUUGCGCCUCACUUUGGGUCGGAUCAGGGUGCAGCCCGGUUUGCAGCAGUGCACAAGGUAUUCGGUGCUAGCAAUGUUUCCAAGCUAUUACUGCACAUACCGGCCAACCGACGGCACGAUACGGUCGUUACCAUAUCUUAUGAGGCACAGGCGCGGCUUUCUGACCCUGUUUAUGGAUGUGUCUCCACCAUACUUGCCCUACAACAACAGGUGAUGUCAUUGCAAACGGAGCUCUCGAUCGUGCAGACGCAACUGAUAAACAGCAGGUUUAUGGUUGCAAACGCAUUACAAAGUUCUCAGCAGCAACACAUUGCAGUGUUGCAACCGGCGUAUUCGAACAACUCCUCGGCGUCGACUAACCUUAACAAUCUAAGCAACUUCCCCUCAAAUUUUGACAUUGUCGAAGCAGUGCCAUCUUCCCGAAGCUUUGAUCCGCUGCAACUCUCUCGGCCAUCUCAGGAAGAGGAUGACGACGAGGAAGAAAGCCAGAACCCCGUUGUUUUCGUGGAAGAGAUCCUUCAGAGAAAAUAGAUAUUUCCUCAUGAUAUUGUUUCACUGGUUUAAGGAAACUGACCUUCCAUACAUAUGCCAUUUUAUAUUAAGAAAACUCAUUUGUAAUGUUCUAUGUUUCUACGUAGAUAUUAUUUAUCUUGUGGGCCCUCCAUGAUCAGUGGAUGUGGUCGUUGAAAUGCCUGGAUGAAAGUAUGAUCGGACAUCAUUUCAGCAUUAACCUUUCUUGUUGUUGGUUUAUUUUGUCACUCUUGACUUGUCAUGAGCAGAACAGGAUCUCUGUUCUCUUAGAAGCGUGGACCUCAUGUAACCAUCACAUGAGGUUGAGCUGUGUGGGUCCCAUGUGGUGUGUGUUGGACAUCCUGACG